AUGUAUGUAAAAAAAAAAAUAAUCGAUUUUUACAAAAGUAACAUGUUUGCUUUAAGUUUAGGAAGUACAUGGGCUUUACUUAUAAGUAGUGGUUGUGUAUUCAGUUUGAAAUAUUUUAAAAAUUUUGAAUAUAGACAUAUAUAUAUAGUUGAUGCUAUUAAUAUUGCAAAACUACAUUUAAAUUGUACAAAUAAUGAUGAAAUAAAAAUAAUAAAAAAAAAAGGAAAUGUUGAUUCGUCCAAUCAAAGAGCAAAAUGUGAAAUACUUUUUUCUUUAAAAGGGGAACAAUUUUUGGUUAAUAUAAAUUCGAUAAAUUGCCAAAAAAAAAAAAAUAAUAAUAAUGAUAUGGAUGAAGAAGAUAUAGAUAUUUCAGAUUAUAUUGAAAAUCCAUAUUUAAUUAAAAAAGCAAUUAAAUCAUUUUUUUACAAAAUCAAAGCAUUUAUUAUUCCAUUUAUUUCUAGUAAUAAUAAUAAUAAUAAUAAUAAUAAUAAUAAUCAAAUAAAAGAGAAUAAUUUAUAUGAUGAUAAAAAUAAUAACUCAGAAAUAUAUACAACUAACCAAAAUAAAAAAGAGAAUAUAGCUGAUAAGGAUAAAGAAACAAUUCGAAUUAUCCAGCAUCAAUACCCAUGGAAAAUAAAUAAUAUUAUUAUUGUUAAAAAAAAAAAUAAUAAUAUAAAUGAAUAUAUUAAUAAUAGUGUAAUAAACAAUAUGAAACACGGUGAAAAUAAAAAAGUGAAAAAUAAAAAUACUAUUCCAAUUAUUGAUAUUUUUUACAAUUUCAAAACUUUUAUUAAUAAUUUUUUUUAUUAUAAUUAUGAAAUAUAUCCAAUAUAUGGUAAUCCAAAAGAAAACACUUAUUAUUAUAAAUAUGUAAAUAAAAAUCGAGCAUUUAAUAAGACACAGAAAUAUAUUGGGAAAAUUAUGUUGUGUGCGUUUUGCUUAUCAACUAUUUUAGCUAUAAAAAGAAUUCAAAUAUAUAAAAAUUCUUAUUCAGGUUUAAAUUAUGUUAAAAAUUUUGUAUUAAACAAUAAACAGCUUUUUCAUAUUUUAGGAGAUACGCAAAUACAAAUCUUAAGUACAUCUGGAUUAUAUAAACAAAAUUAUGUAAAUAGUAAAAUAUUUUUUCAAACUUCUCAAAAAAAUGGCAUUGUUCAAUUAAUAGCUACAAAAAAUCAAAACGAUAAGACAUUUACUUUAUUGCAUGCUAAAUUACUUUUAAAAAAUGAUGUUAUAGAACUGAAAAAGGAUAACAGUAUAGUGGGUACAAACAUAUAUUAA